GGGGAAAGGGGAAGUACUUAAUUCUAUUGUACAUACUAACCUCCUGUAAUAUAAGAGCCAUAGGUGCAAUGGCAAAACUGCAAAGCACUAAAGGACUCAGGAGUCAGGACGGGAGUGACCUGAACAGCCUGGCAGAUAGGUAGAGGUACCUAACCUACCUAAAGACGCGCACUGUACUGUCCAUUAUUAUAGCCGCGUUGCAUCUGUAAUAAUUAUACACAGAAGUGAUCAAUUGAUGACAGAGUCCCAAAAGUCCCAGAAGUUAAUUUGCCUUUGGUACGUCAAUGCGCAUUUGGUAAAAUACCAUAAGCAAUCUCAACCUGUACAACCAGCGAUCAUUAUGUCAAUUCCUACACCUCGGAUUGAUGGCUACCUCUUCGCGACGACCUGAUGCGCUCCAGCGCCCACAGAAGCACUACCAGCGACGCGCCCAUCAGCAGCACACAAUUAAUCACACAACCAAUUCUAAUACCAAUAUUAAGAAUAUUAACUCAGCUAACCCAGCUACCGCAAGUCUUAACGCUAAUAGCGUGGCUGCUAAACAUGCUCAUGCUCAUGCCAUCGCGACACAUAUCAAGACGCGAAACUCGCAAAAUAUCCUUCAACAGACCAGUCCUUCGCGAAUGAAGCGCCCUCUAGAUCCCAUUGCUAAUAAUUACGACCCUUCCAAGACGAAAAGAGCCCGAAUUACUGUCGAAAUUCUGGCGAGAUCCAUUUCUCCUGCUACCAAUCAUUCCAAGUCAAUCACUGUGAACACUGCGAAGCCCCAAUCCCAGACCCAGUCCCAGACCCAGUCCCAAACUCAGACUCAGACUCAGACUCAGACUCAGACCCAGUCCGAGUUCCAAUCCCAAUCCCAAUCCCAACCCCAACUUCAAACCGAAAUUCAUACGAACGAGCCUACCGUCGCGUCAAAACAAAUUCGUCCUGCUCAACAGGAAAUUACCAAGACGGCGACAGUAAUAGAACCCGGUUUAAAAAAGCACAAGGAAAAGGCUAUCAAUGGAAUAAAACAUGAACUUGAUAGACUGCAACCAAGUGCAACCGACGCCAAUUCGGCAACAGAACGACCUGGUCGCAAGUUGCGGUCACAGGAGGCGACUCGCUUCAAGAGUGAAUUGUCAGCAUAUUUCCCCGACUAUGACGAAGUAAUCGGCAAUGAUCCUAAGGAACAACACGUUCUUAAUCUUGAUACCCCCAUUGCCCUCGUCGAUACCAAUCCCAAUACCGAUCCCGAUCCCCUCCCUAAUACUCAUCAAUCACGACCCCCCGUACCCCCUCCAGAUACAGCGCCCGAUGUUGGAGAACGACCCCACACUAUAUAUAAUACAGUGCGAACUUACGGUGACAACUUGUUCACUAAUUUGUACGACUCUCAACGCAUCGACUUUAACUUCCUCGAAGCACGAUAUCACGGCAAAGACGUGGAGGAUGCCCUACCAGAUACUUAUUUCUGGCCAGCUCAUAAAAAAGCCGAAAGGUUAGAAAAGUCGAUCCGAAAUACGGAAAAGGGUCGCGCGCAACAUGAAAAGGACCAAAUCAUUCGGUUGCUCAAUGAGCUCCAAGGCCAUGACUGGCUAAGAACAAUGGGUGUCAGUGGUGUGACUGAAAGCCGUAAGAAAACCUUCGAACCUGCCCGAGAUCACUUUAUCAAGGGUUGCGAAGCUAUUUUGGACAAGUUCCGUGUAUGGAGUCAAGAAGAGAAAAAGCGGAAGCUUAUGAAGGAACGUGCAUUAGCAGAAGAGGCAGAAGAAAAAGAAACAGAGGUAGAGGAUAACGACAACGAGCCGUCGAAUCAAGAAGCGGUCUCGGACGAGGAUGAAGAAAUGCGGGACGUUGAAGCAGACGACAUCCUGGAUGAUGUUAGCGACGGUGAUCCACCUGACUACAGUGACGCCGAUGCAUCUGCAAGGCAGCUUCUUAACGAAGCGUUAGCACGGGCCAAGUACACCGCAUCGAGCUCUAAGAGAUCUCGGGGUGAGCCACCGCCAAAGUCUCCAGAACCGUACGUGGCAAAAGAGUUCACGUCGUUCUUCAAUAAGAAACACCAACGUGAUGCAGCUCUCAACAAGAGCCGGCGAAGAGGAAGAACUGUUGUAGCCUGGGGUCAUCCCGUCCCAGACAUGAUGGAAGAGGAUUUCGAAUUACCCGAGGAAUACCGGGACGUCGAAAUAUUGAAAGCUCACGAGAGGCAAAAGAGGCGUGAAAGGCGUCAGCGUCAACAUUAAUUCAUUGAAUCGGGGUGCCAAGGUCAUGCAUCACAUCUGCCAUGGGAAUAUAUGCCAACACCGAAGCGUAAAUACAUACCUAACCUAACCUAACCUAUUUGAUAUGGACUUCCGGUUCAUUCUACUUCUCCAAUUGAAUGCAACUAGAUAUGUCCCAAAGUUUGGUUUGUAUGCGGUGCCUCUUCAUUAAAAACUAUUCUUACGUUGAAGUGUAGUACAUUCGGUUAGAACCUGUGAAAUGUUAGGAGUAGCCUGUAGGUACUUAAAUACCUACAAGACUUGCAUACAUGUACCUAAUAUUAAGUAUUCAAUCAGUACUGCCCGUAUUCAAUGUAUGCCCAAGUGUAGGGUAAAGGUAAGAUUCUGCG